AUGACCGAGCAAGUCGAGUACCGCAGCACCAUCACUCCGAGAAGUCCCUUCAGCCGGGGCAUAGGGCAUUUUGGGAGUACCCAAUCGUUGUCGCUUCCGAUGGGUGAGUGCAAUACUUCAAUCACUGUUUAUGCUUACUCUAGCCUUCCUUUCAUGGUUUUUUAGCCUCUGGCAACAGAAUGAUCAAGAUGGUGGAAUCGUUUGCCUCCGGGUAUAGCAGUGGGUCUGCCUUCGGGUCAAGUGCCUGGGCUAUACGUGACACCAAAGAGAAAGAAAAGAAGGAGCUAUGCGAACUGAACGACCGAUUGGCCAACUUCAUCGAGAGGGUCCGCUUUCUGGAAGCCCAGAAUCGGAAACUGACUCUGGAUCUGGAAGGAUUAAAGAAGAGAACUGGUAAGGGAACCACUGUCAUAAAGAGUAUGUUCGAAAAGGAGAUAGAAGUAAGUGCACCAAUAACAGAAUAUGGAUGUAUUAGAGUGCCACUAGUUUGAUUGGGAACACGACGGACGAGAAGAAGAAGAUGGGACAAGAUUUAGCACAAAUUGAAAAAGAAUUAAAAGAAUUGCGCAAGAAAUAUGAGAAUGGUCUGAAGGAGAGAAAGGAGGAUAAGGAGAAGAUCGACGAAUUACUCGUACAACUCUCGAACCUUGAAAGUGAAGUCAGCAUUCUCAAACGCCGUAUAGAACUAUUGGAAUCUGAAGUUCAACGCCUAAAAAAAGAAAACCAAAGGCUUCAGGCAGAACUUCAUAGAAUUCGUCAAGCAGUUGACAGGGAAACUUUGAAUCGAAUUGAUUACCAAAACAAGGUUCAGACUCUUUUGGAAGAGAUUGAGUUCUUCAGAAGAGACCACGAAGGUGAGAUUAAAGACCUUCAAGCGCAGGCUGCAAGGGACACCACCGGAGAAAACAGGGAAUACUUUAGAAACGAAUUGGCCAAUGCCAUUCGAGAGAUCCGAAACGAAUACGAUGCUUUGAAUUCUACCAAUAGAAACGACAUCGAAUCCUGGUAUCGGGUGAAAGUCCAGGAAAUCGAGACUCAAGCGGCUAGAAAUAAUAUGGAACAAGGGUACCAAAAAGAAGAAAAGAGACGCCUCAGAGAUCAACUGACCGAGGUCAGGAACAAACUUGCAGACCUCGAAGGCAAGAACGCAAUGUAUGAACAGCAGAUAAUCGCCUUGACCUAUCAAGUGGAAGACGAGCGACGUCAUUACGAAGACACUCUGAACAUGAAAGACGAUGAAAUCAGAAAAGCCAAGGAAGAAUGCCAGGCUCUUAUGGUAGAACUGCAGAUGUUAAUCGACGCAAAACAAACUCUAGAUUCCGAAAUAAUGAUCUACAGACAAAUGCUUGAAGGGGAAGGUAAUGAAGCAGGUCUUAGACAUCUCGUAGAGCAAGUGGUGAAAACAACAGGCAUCAACGAAGUAGCGGACACAGAGACAAUGAGAGUAGUAAAAGGAGAAACCUCCAUUCACCACGGGUUCUCUCGAUCUGCGAAGGGAAACGUAUCCAUUCAAGAAACCGAUCCGGAUGGCAAAUAUGUUCUUCUAGAGAAUACUCAUAGAUCGAAGGAGGAAGCCAUUGGGGAAUGGAAAUUGAAAAGAAAGAUCGACGGCAAACGAGAGAUUGUCUAUACUUUCCCACAAGAGUUCGUCCUUCGACCCGCAUCGACUGUUAAGGCAAGACCAAUACCAAUAAAAUUUAAAUUUAGUUUCAGAUUUGGGCAAGAAAUCAAGGAGGAAUCCACAAUCCGCCAGAACAAGUAGUCUUUGAAGGAGAAGACACCUUCGGAGUGGGAAGUAAUAUUACAACCAUUUUGUACAACACUCAAGGAGAGGUAGGUACUGUUAAUCUCAAAAUCGCUCGUAGAAAGCCUUUGAAUUAUAAGGAUGGUGACAUACGCAUCAAAUCGGGCGAUUUCUUUUAGGCCUCUAGACAAGAAAUGCGUAAUUCUUGUCUCAAAUUGCGCAACAUUGCGCAAAUUCCUGCUCUCUCCCCGUGAAGAUUUUUUUCUUUUUUUUCUCUGCUCAGUCAAGAAUUGCGCAUUUAUUGUCUAGCGGGCCCAACACAAGAAAUGCGGGUUUUCUGCGAGGAAGUCCGAACAGAUGUAGAACGCACGCGCCUUAUAUGGCUGUCAUUUGAACUCAAUGGCAACCUGGUCAAACAAUUUUUUCAGUAAUGUGUUACAACUCUCGGUACUAUUUGAACUCAAAGGCGGUAUAGUAAAAUUCUACCGCCACCAACAAUUCAAAUUUUGGCGAAUUGUCUUUUUUAAAGGAAAUUUGGCACGAACUGAAAAAUUCUAUUUGAUCUUACCGUUUCUGUGGUGCUACAGGGUGCGGCAAUUUUCGGCCGGAUUUUAAUUGACCAUAACUUUUUUAGUUUUUGGGCAAAUGUUAAAAUUCUUUUUUCCCUGAAUCCACAGACAACCCCAUUUUGUUUAAUACCAAAUAUGUUAUACCCGUUCAUUAGACUACAGUAAAAAUUCGAGACAAAGAAAAAGCUCUAAUUUUCAUAGCUGACAAUGGAAUUACCCCUAGCGCGACUCUCAGAUUUUCUUUAAAUUUUGCACAUGGGCCGAAAAAUUGCCGCACCCUGUAAUAUCGCUAUGAACUAUAAUAUAAUAUAUGCUCUCAUUUUGGACCUUACAUUAUAACAUACAUAUCAGUCUGUAAUAAAAUCAACCCAUUUUGCAACAUUGAAUAUAUCAGUCUGUCGGAAAAAUAACGGCGGAUCGUCGCAUUAAAAUGUCUCGCCUCGCCGCUAUCGCGCACCAAAUCCCAAGCUGCGGCUUGCAGUCGCAAAGCGAUGAUGGGCGAUUCCGAGGCGCGACGAUCCGCCGUUAUUUUCCCGACAGACUGAUAAAUAGGACCGGUACCCGAUCUGCGCAAGGGUAGCCGGAAAAUUAAAAAAAUUUAAAACGGAUGUCAUUUUCAAAUCCUCGCCAUCGAUUGCCUUUAUUUAUAUUCACCAUUUCCCGGUUUUCGGUUCGGGGUGUCUUUCGAAAGGUGGCAGACAAGUUUGGCACAAAUUUUUGAGUUUGAAGGAAACACAAAAAAUAUGUGGGAUACGGUAGGAUCAAUCCACAUCCAUAAGUUUAAUUUUUCAUUUACUAUUCGCUGUGAAAGUUUCACUGAUUUUCUCAAUUUUGUCAAUUUUUUAGGAAAGAGCAACGUUGACGCAGAAACAAAGCCAAUCCAGCCAUCACUGA